UGGGAGUUUCACACCCAGCUUUCACUGUCUCCACUAUGUUCCCACAUUGCUUUCAUAAAGACUCCCGAGAGCACAUCUCAGAACACAGGAACACACACGGCCUUCAAAGUGCAUCUACAUAAGCAGGAGUUGUAGUUAAGUCUCCAGGGGAGAUGCGUUACCAGGCGGGGUUGAUGAUUGUAAUCCUGUGGAUGAUGCAGGCUGCGGAGGGAUGUCCCGAUGUCUGUAAAUGCUCCAGGAAAUCUGGUCCAGAGAAGUCAGAGGUCAAUUGUCAUAAGACGGGGCUACGUACCUUUCCCUCCAGACUGCCCCCUGAUGCUUGGGUUCUCAAACUAGGUGAGAAUGGCAUCGUAGACUUGAAAGCUAAUGUGCUCAGAUCAACUCCAAACGUUGAGAGCAUCAACCUGGAACGAAAUGCCAUCAAGUCCAUCCACCACCACGCCUUCUCUGGUGGAAAGCAAUUGAUGCUCCUCAAUCUAUACGGCAACCACAUCACCAACCUUCCACCAAAGGGAUUCCAGGACCUCCUGAACCUCCGCUUCCUAAUGCUGGGACAUAACCAGAUUCGCAGCCUCAAACCUCAGAUGUUUGCUGGAAUGAGGAACUUGUCAGAGUUAGACCUUCCACUUAACGCGCUGACAACCCUCCCAUCCAAUGCCUUUAAACCUCUCAUCGCCCUCAAAGUUCUGGACCUUUCCCUGAAUCGCAUCCAGAAGAUCUCUCCCAAGGCCUUUUUUGGACUCAGACAGCUCAUGUUCCUCAACUUAGACAAUAACAGUUUGAAGAACGUUCCGGCCGGAGUGUUUAGACCGCUGCGAUCUCUGGAGAUGCUGGUUUUAGACAAUAACCUUCUGUCCAUGCUGGGCUCCUCAACUCUGGAUGGCAUGGACAACUUGCAGGAACUCUACGUGAGGAACAACGAGCUGGAGCACCUGCCCCCUGAUGCGUUCAGAAACAUGGCCAAGCUUUCUCAACUGGCUCUCAGUGGAAACCGCCUGAAGACAGUGGAUGGAACCAUGUUGGCCCAUAUGCCUGACCUGAAGAAGCUGCAUCUCCAUGACAACAUGUGGCAAUGUGACUGUAACAUCGCCUCCUUGGUGCAGUGGAUGGGGCAGACCAAGGUCACGCUGUCUCCUCGGGACACCCUGAUGUGCGCGAGCCCACCGGAGCUCCAAAAGAAGAGCCUCUCCAGCCUCCAAGCUGACAAGUUGUCCUGCCGUGAAUGAAGCCGGAAAACCUGUAUGAGGAACACACAGAAAAAACGUCUUGCCAAUACAUGUCCUCGUUUUGUGUUCUCUCAACUACCAGAACAACAUUGUGAUGUUUUCACUUUAAAACCCGCUAGAAAUUUUGGCGUCACCACCACAUAUUUUUAGAGUAAAAGAGCUAACAGAUUAACGCUAUUUCAACUUCAAAAGCAUUGGAAACUUACAUGCUCAGUUAAAGAAUAAAAAUAAUAAAAAAUGGAGGUAUGUUUUCAUUGAGCAGUGUUCACUGUUGUUCUGUCGACCAGCAAAGAACCACACUGCAAAAACUCCUGCUCUAACCAAGACAUAUAAUCUUAUAUCCAGCCAAAAAAUCUUAAUGAUCUUAUUUUGAGAAUAAUAUACCAGGUAUGAGCAGAUUGUGUAACAUAAUUUAAAAUUAUU